UUACUGGCAUGUUCGUAGCAAUUCUUGAAGACUUAUGAACUUCCGUGCUCUAUUGUUAGUUGAUGUUGUAUUCAGAUCGGCAGUGGCUGUCAAAUUUAACAGUUUGCCUGCCUCAGUUUUCGGUCUCCCGCAGUUGUGUAAUAAACCUGUGCUAGCAAAGUCGACACCAAGGCGUUGGGCAACGAGUAUGAGCGACGAUCAAAAACUUGCAGCUGUUCCCGAAGUUGACAUCGACGAUAAUGGACGGUUUAAGUACAUUUUAAUCGAAGUGCACACCGAUAGUGGGAAUUCUAAGCAUGUUGUGAGGGGAUAUGGGUGGGCAGGAUUUCACGCCGAUGUCUAUGACAAAGUUGUGCCUGGAAUCGAAGCACUAGGGCUUGAUUGUGAAUGCAAAGGCGGUGGUAGAAUUGAACACCAUCAAGAAGAAAAGAAAUUAUUAGUUUAUGGAUAUUCUAUUGGUUAUGGAAAAGCUGAUCACUCCAUUACCGUUGAUUUAUUAAAGAGAAAAUAUCCUGAUUAUGAAAGUAUAACAUUUACCAAUGAAGGCUAUUAGUGAUUGGACAUAUUGUAUUUGUGACUGGGUUUAUAGCUUUCGUAAAAUAUACGUGUUUUAGAUAUUUUUCCAAGAUGGUACAAUUAACACAUAAGCACACUGGUUAAUGAAGGAACUCACAUAUAUUGUUCGCUAUUGAACGAAAAUUAAUGUAAGCAGUGUCACUCUCUAAUGUGUAGCAUUGAAAAGGCGGUAGUCGUCGUGCCGUGCAUGUGCGACAUUCAUGUUGAUAAACAUUGAUUUUCCCACAAUCCAAUGCAUUCUUCUAAUGGAAAUCACAAGUAUGAAAUUUGACCUGGGCGUGACUUGCAGUGAUUACUGCCGGUGACUCCUUGGAUACCCUCCAAUCACCUAAAAAAUACCUAAUUAAAGCUUGGUAAUGUCUCACUUUGUAACAGUCAAAGUAACCAUCUAUGUUUAUAUGAGACCCAUAUAUCUCUCUUGCAUGCGUGGCCCGAUGACUACCGUCCUUUAAACUGAUAAAUGAAGGAUAAAUAUUCUGACUUUGGUUCUGGUAAUUCCAACCUGUAGUACGAGAUAUUUGAAUACGUUUGCAAGGCUAGCAAGUUAAAACUAACCAACCUAGGCCGUUAUUAUAGAGGUCUUGGAAAUGUUGGAAAACACACAGAUUCUUAUCUACUGUGUUUAUG